GUCCGCCUUUUUUUCCGGGUCGACCACGCAGUCCGUCCUGUACUUUCCGAAAGAGGAAAGUCCCCAUGUGGAAACGCAUGGGUUAUCGUAAAGAAAAGGGUACGGUCUAUGGGUUACAAAUCAAGAAAUGGAAUGAUCGUAGCCGCCGGGUGGCGGGACAGGAACAGCAGUCUCUCUCUCUCUCUGGCUCCCAGUCCCAAUGUCCCAUUGGAGACACCAUCGGAGGAGCGGAGGGAGAUGUGCAGCGGCCCCACACGAGCUCUGCCUUCCUGUUCGGGGGUCCAGCAUGGAGUGGGGGGCCCGUCCGUGGCCCAGACAAUGCACAUGGUUGUGCCGUUGUGACGGACGUUCCAGUGCAGUCUGUUGUCACAAGUCACARACACUUUUCAUCUCCCGUAUCGCCCGUGGGGGGGUUCCGAAUCGGGUUAAGUGGAGAGGAUGAGGUUGCUCUUCGGCAGCAACUGCGAAUGCGUGCGAUGGCCAUGUCAGACGGGCUUUGUAUGUYACYGRACGAACGUGGCAUGAGUGGUGUCAUGACAUCUCCUGCUCGUCAYGACGGACGCGGCCAUGGCAGUCCAGGUCCCUCGACUGUCAGUUYUGUGGACAAUGAGACGKUGGGGUGCCGUUCGUCAACGCCCCCUGCAGCAAUGUCGGCGACUCGYSACGCGAGUUUCCCACUGUCACCUGAGYCGAUCCCUCGAGAUGUUUCACCGCAACCGSUUAGAGCACGAAGCRGGUYAGCGGAGUACGUCAUCAACCGCAUCAUUCKGGACAACGAARCCGKUGUCCCACCGGUGGAGUGGCCUACGAGGACGGCGGUCGAAGGCGAUGCAGUUGCGGAUCCGACGGCCGCAGGGYGCAGCCCUCCCCCACGUGUGYCGUUUGAAGGUCUGAACACCCCGUCUCCGGUCGCUGCGCCGUCCACCUCGCAGCACACUCCAUGCAGUGUGGAGAACUCGGCGGGCACGUCGACGRCACGGCCAUGCGAAGGSCCCCCAACACGACCACCGUCACGGGAGAAGAAYACRGAUCGGUGGGGAGAGACCRAGACAGAGUGGYUGUGCCGGUUUAGGAAUGAAGUGAAGAGUCUUCUGGGGGAAGASACAGAGCCGUUGGGUCGYGCGCGGCUGAAACUAGGUUUMUGGAAGGAUGUGGAGCAGCGCAUGAAGGGGAAGGGCUUCAACCGUAAYGCUGAUCAGUGCAAGAACAAGUUCAACACACUCCUCGACUACUACCGAAGAUUGAAGGCGCACGAAGGCUGGUCUGGUUUGCCGAGUUACUGGGACAUGAACGCAUCGAGGCGAAAGAAGUACAACGUCGACUUCGUUCUCCGUAGGGCGGUGUAUGACAUCACACACCCAGUGGAGAAAGACAAGGACUCCAUUAAUCUCACGAAUUUGAUGGAUUCAGGGGCGGACGAGGAGCGUCUUGAGGACAGUGAGAGGUGCAACGACGUUGAUGGUGAGACGGAAGGAGGGAGUGAAGACCCGGCGGCCGGGUCGGGCAGUUCACCGGGGCUUAGAACUUCACGACGAGGGCCGCAUUCAACGAGCUUCGAUCCUGUGCUCGGUAAACGGCGGAGAACUGCGACAAAUGCACGCGAGUCGAGUAUGCAGGCUAUAACAGGUGCUAUGCGUGAUCACACCAGCGCUUUGACACGUUCUGACAGGGAGUGCGUGAAGAUGCGUUGCGAAGCGACACGUGACAUCGCAAGGCACCAGGCUGAGCUUCAUCGGGAACUUAUGCAGCAGGACAUUGCGUCGCGUGAGAGGAUAGCCACUAUAACUGGAGACUGGGUGGAGAAGGGUUAUCUCGUUCUUGCAGAUGCCAUCCGAAGUUUGCGUGGCUGCACGCUCCCGUCUGCGGCGUCGGCCAUGUCGGCAGCCCAGGUGGCUGUUCCACCUGGCGGCACGGUCCCGUCAGCGGCAUCGGCCAUGCCGCCAGCCCAGGUGCCUGUUCCAGGUGGCGGCACGGUCCCGUCAGCGGCAUCGGGCAUGCUGCCAGCCCAGGUGCAUGUCGACGACGACAGCGGAAGUGCAGGAUGGGGCUCAAACGCGGUUGCCCCUGAUGAGCUAAACGGCGGUUGGGGUGUGGUUGUCACCCACGGGCCGAUCGGAUGGGCGGAGAUCGCCGCCACGUACAGCCACUUUGAAUCGUGGUCCAACCCUCCCACGCCUAAUGGGUAUUUGAUGUCGCCACCAACGUCCGAUGAGGACGCGGGGAGCGAUAACGAGGACGACAACGAGGCGGGGAGCGAUGGCGACGACAACGACGACAAGGCGGGCUUUGACGGCCACGACGAGGCGGGGAGUUCAUUUUUGUAAAGACUUUUUCGUGUUGCGAUGGUGUUGUAAGGUGAUGAUGAUGACGGUGACGUUAACAACGACAUCGUCACGCUGAUGAGUCCUGAAAUGGUCGAACACCAGUGUACUUUUAUGUUUUCAUUCUUUGUUCUGUUUUCAUACAUAGACACGCUGUUUUCAUAUUUUGUAUAGCUUACAACACCUUUUCGUUCCCACGAGGGCUGACGGUUUCGUUGUCCGGGGAGAGAGACAGAGUGAUCGACAGCGGAGAGGGAGAGAGAGAUUAGGACGAUGGCACGAUGUCCAUUCAUGUUUUUGUUAUAAUGGAUCAACGAUCGUUAAGGGCGGCUGUUCUUUUUUUUUUUUUUUUUUUUUUUUUUUGUGUGUGUGUGUGUGUGUGUGUGGUGAAAAUUUUUUUUUUUUUUAUGAAGGAAGGCUGCGGCGACACAGUCUGUCUCCUUAUGCACAUGUGAGCGACUAAGCUCAAAUGAAGAGUCUUCACCCGC